AUGUCAAAUAUUGUUUUGUUAAUCGUUAUUGUCUUGACAUGUAUUUCUACCGAAACCGCUGCCCAAGUGGUCUGUGUUAAUCCGAUAGAAAUUGGCGAACUUCGAGUUUUGAAGUCAAAGAAAUGUGUUAACAUAGAUGGAACAGAUGGUCGUGGAAAGAUUAAUACAAUUCACUGUGACGGCUAUCAUGAUCAACAAAUCAUUAUGUGUGGAGAUGGCACGAUAAGGAAUUCAAAAGCUCCUCAUAAUUGUUUUACACCUUGGGUGAACUAUUUUACACCAGGCAAACACGGAAAGGGAAUUUUGCAGUCAACGUCUUGCAAGGUAUACCCAGCCAUACCUGAUUAUCAGAAGUGGAGAUAUGGGAGGUCAAAAACCUUUGUAGACACAGGAGGAAUUAAACAAGAGGCAAGAGAAAUCAUAAACGUGAAAUCUGGGGCGUGCAUGGAUGUUAAUGGUCGUGGUGGAAAUGGUAACCUUUAUGCAUAUCGUUGCGAAAAUCUGGAUGACCAGUACUUCUACUUCCGCUCUCGGGGCAAGCUGCUGGGACAUGGGAGACUACAAGUUGCGAAAUCUGGUCUUUGUCUGGAUGUGAAGGGACACCGAGGACGUGGCAAUGUUUUAAUAUACAAUUGUGAAGACGCUGCUGAUCAGUAUUUCAAUUUUUACGAAAAUGGCGAAUUAGUCAACAAAAAGUCCGGAUUGUGCGUCAAUAUUGGAGGUUAUAAUGGAUAUGGCAAUAUCCAUAUGUACGCGUGUGAAGAUCUGCCUGAUCAAAUGUGGAGACGACCACAGCAAUACUGCCAUGGAGAUUACUGUUCUUUCCUGAGUAAGAAGUCAGGACAGUGCAUAGACGUUGUUGGAAAUGAAGCAAAAAAGGGAAGCAAUGUGGGGAGCUACCACUGUGAGGGGGCUCCUGAUCAACGCUUUAGAUGGAUGAGCAUGCAGGAUAAAAAAAAAUGGGUUACACCUAGUGCAACAUGGUCCUUGGUUGGCUGCAAUCAAAAUGGCAAAGUUACUCACGCGAUAAGCAACACGAUCAAAUACACGAAAAAAAUCACUAAGAGUAUAGAAAACUCAGUUAGUUCUGCAAUCGAAGCUGGUGUCACAUUUGGCGGCGCAACAGCCAGCGCAUCACUCAAAAUAACCAGAACUACAACCGUGGCAACGUCGCUCGCAAACGCGUGGGAAAACAGCCAAUCAGGAACCAGAAAGACAACUUUCACUUGCCAAAACUAUGAUACAGGAAAGCCAUUCAUACGGGGAUGCAUGUGGCAACUCCGACUCACUAUCAAGGAAACGACCAAAAAUGAUCUUUUGACGUGGUCGCCCCAGAUCGUGAAAUGUACAAGCAAUCAUCAAGAGCCAAAAUGCUCUCCAUUUACGAUAUGCAAAGAUGACGCAUGCACAAUGUGUGAAAACCUGCCAGGUAUCCGCAAGAAAAAAAGCGGUUGA